AUGGGGAUCAACUGCUCCAAGUGCAAGUCUGCCAAGGAGAAGCUAAAGCCUUCUCUCAUUUCCGCCGUUGCUCCUUCGGAUGCACCGCCCCUAAUCAGCGACAAAGAGGCUGCAAUUCUCGCCAUUGAGGAGAAUGUGGAUGCCUAUGUGAAUGCUAUUGCUCCCUCAUUAAGAGCUGAUCCCAGCGUUACAUUAGCGGCAGUGACCAUAUCUGGAGAUUACCUCGAAUAUGCUUCCGCAGACCUUCGAGGCAACAAGCAAGUUGUCCAUGCAGCAAUCAGCUCUGGCCAUCCAAAGGCACUCAAGUUCGCUUCUAAAGAGCUAAAAGAGGACAAAGAGACGGUGCUAAUGGCAGUUAAAACACACUGGCAAUCGCUGGAAUACGUUUCAUACUUUAUGCGUGGGGAUCGAGAAGUUAUCAACCAGACGAUUUCAGCCCAUGAGGGAGCUGCCACUUAUGCGCUCCACCUCACAGCUUGGUGGCUCUUGGCGGAGAAGACGUUUGUCUUGGAAAUAGUUUCCAGAUUCCCCCAAGCAAUGAGACACGUCCCGGAUCAAUUUCUAGAAGACAAGGAUGUAGCUCUGGCGGCAAUAUCCCAGCACCCCCUGAACAUCACUUACUUUUCAGAAAACAUCAAGGACGACGAGAUUGUGAUGUUGAAGGCCAUUGAAGAAUGCAAGAAAGAACAAUCAGCACGAACUGCAAAGAGAAUUCUCUCCACAAUUCUUCAGCAUGCUUCGGAGCGUCUCAAAGACGAGAGAGGUGUCAUGCUGGCAGCCAUUCAACAAGAUGGCAUGGUGUUACGUUAUGCAUCUAAUGCUUUACGGCAAGACAGACAGUGUGUCAUGGCGGCUGCAUCUAGAACUCCAGAAGCACUGAAAUAUGCCUUGGGAGGCCUCAAUCAAGAUCAAGACUGCUUAAUUGCAGCCGGGCUGUGGGACGAUCAAAGUACUAUCAACAAGGAAGAAGUAAAAACCCAUCAUGAGGCUGUUGAGCACAAUUCGCCCAAGAUAGUUUUAUCCACGCGUUUCUCCUUGAGUGAAAACUGUACUGGCACGGCAACCAACUUUGCUGUCCUCCUGAAGCAUCACCCCUACAUCAGCGGAGAAUCAAGAAAGGACAACAACUUUGUUGUCUAUUCCCCGAACGCUUUUGAGAAAGACACCUGCGAUCCAAAGUGGACGAGCUUGAAUUGGCCUUGUCGAGGGACUUGUGACACCUGCCUGAAGGAGGAUCCUACACUGAAGACAGGCAAACCAAAGCGGGGAUCCUGUUGGCGUUAUUCUUUUCGCUACCAGCUGCAACACGCCAAAGACUCCAAUGGAUUCAUGGUGCAGGUAGUGGAAUUUCGUGAAAUCAAACGAAGAAAAGUCAAGCGUCAUGCACGCACACGGAUCGAACGGUGUUUGGGGAAGGGUCAGGAGAUUGAAACUCGCAUGGCAAACGACCUGGGGGUCAAGAUAUUUCGAAUCUAUCAGCCAGGAGAUUACAAAGGAACCAGCACAUACAUGCUGGGUCUUGAAUUCCGGCAAGAGGACAUUGACCGUCUGGUAGACAAAGUCAAGGAAUGGUACCGGGGGAAGUGCCUUGACAUGACUGAAACCGAAAUCUACGCAACUGACGAAGGAGCUACAAGUUCGGAGGAAGAAGAGGAGACAUCAGAAGAGGAAAUUGAUUUGCUCUGGGUAAAAAAAACCUGGAGGUGGCGAUACCCUUAG